UGCUUUCCAUGUGUUGAGCAUAAUGCUUGAUAUUUACAGUCCAAUCUCUGAAGGAGAAUUUACAAAUGAGGGAGCUGAGGCAUAGUCCAAGUGACUUGUCCAAGGUCACACUGCCAGUGAAGGUAGUACAUGUUUGCCAGAGGUCCAGACCACUGGGUGUUCUCUUUAUUUCCUCCUGUAAGCUCAAGUGCUUGGUUGCUAACAAAAAAGUCAGUAGUUUCAACCCGCCAGCUGCUCCAUGAAAGAAAGAUGUGACAGCAGCUUCCAAAAAGAUUUAUAGCCUUGGCAGCGUGGCAGGGGUUUGGGGACCAUGGUUUCAAGGGACAUCUAAGUCAAUUGGCAUAAUAAAAUCUAUUAAGAAAACAUUCUGCAUCCCACUUUGGAGAGUGGUGUCUGGGAUCUUAAAUGCUAGCAAGCGGCCAUCUAACACGCAUCAAUUGGUCUCAACCCACCUGGAGCAAAGGAGAAUGAAGAACACCAAAGUCCCAAGAACAGCAAGACCUGACCGUCCAGCCCCCCCAUCCUCCUGAUGUCGGUGUGGGCCUGCACUGUCCAGGUGUGAAUCGCAGUUGCUCCAGCAUGAACUGGAAGGUCCUUGAUCACGUGCCACUGCUGCUGUAUAUCUUAGCAGCAAAAACGUUAAUCCUCUGCCUGGCAUUUGCUGGAGUCAAAGUUUACCAGAGGAGAAGGCUGGAAGCAAAGCUACGCAGACUGGAGACCGAAAAGAAGCAGCAGCCAGACAAGAAAGACAACUAAGGGGGAAACCAAAGACUUUGUAUUUUAAAUGUCAGCUUUGGCGGACUCCAGCUGAGAAGAAAGAAGACUUAAUUAUCAAAUGAUGCAUCAGAAGAUAAACUCCCAACCUUUACCAUAAAAUAAUGUGAAUUUUUAUAUGCUUUUAAAAGAACCAAUAUUUUGUUUACUAAAAUAAAAUGCCUUUGUAAAAAGGGCGUCUCUAGUUUCUGGAGAAGCCAAAGUGACUUUGUUGUAGGACCUGAGCAGAGGCCUUUCCCUGAGGACCGGACAGCAGCUGAGGCCGUGGAGCAUCGGCUAGGCAUGGACCAGUAACAUGCAAUUUGCCUCCAAAAAUGGAGGGCGCCUAGAGACUGAAGAAAGAAGCAGACAACUCCAGUGUGGCCGCAAAGGAGUUUAUUAGGGAGACUUACAUACGAGGCCAAGUUCUGGGCUGCCGCAGGAACAGAGCUGAUCUCCACACCCCACGGAAGGGCAGAGGUUUUAUAGCAGUGCUGGACAAUGGUGGCUACAUGCUAGGGACUUACAUGAGGUUUCUUUUUUAUGGUAGCAAACUGUAGUGAACCAGCGGACCACAUGAGGGUGCUUAUGGUUGGCCUCGCAAAGCCUGUUUCCCCUUCAGUUCACCCCUCGAGGCCGGCUUUUACAAUCUGGCACGCUCCCCCACUUUUGCUGUAGUGUGAGAGACCUCGUUCCCUCCCCACCAGGAACAGAUAUAGAAGUGGGGUUGGCCAGGUGCCACAUGGUGCCUGGCAUAUGCAAGAGACAGUUCCUGUGUGCCCAGAACCGGGGGAAGGCUUCCCCAGUAAGUACAAGGAACUUCAAGGGAGAAGGUGACCCAAUUCCCAGCCUCCUUAUCAGAGAAUGUUCUGGCUCCAAGGCCUUUACUUAGGCAGCCUGGAUAGGAGGCGAAGGGACAGACCAUGCCCCCAACAGGCAUGGGAUCCUGGGUGUCAGAGCCUCUGCCCCUAGCCCUCACCCACACUGUGCAUCUCCUAUGCUGCCCUCCUGUACCCCAUUUCUUCUCCUUCCCCCCAUUAUAGUGACUGUGGCCUUG